AUGGAGGACCUGGACUCGUCUGACAUCGAAUUCGAUGCGCCGCCGCGCAAUCCAUUCCAUAAUGCAGGGAAGGCCAGCGUCAUGGCGAUGCUAGAUCAUGCCCUCGACGAUCGUAUAGCCUCAAAACGACAAGUGAAGCAGCUUACCUUUGCGAAAGGGACUCCUAACACCCAGUAUAUUCAUGCUCUCUGGUGGAACCGCUUUGCUGAGUUCAGGUUGAACACACUCAACAAAGGUGCCAACGACUUACCCAAAAGCGAGGAGCUCGAACGGUUCUUCACCACCAUCGUCAGCCGUGUCAAGCCUCGGACGAACCAAGUACCGGCAUACAGCUGGCUCAAAAGUGGCGUUGGCUUCACAAUCGAGAGCUGUGUGUUCUACCACGACAAGUUCACCCUUUCGCCUCACGAGAGAUUACGAAUAUCAUCUCUCAUCGACUCGCUGCUCCAACAGGGAAAGGUCACACAAGACCCAUCCUGGGAGCGAAGCUGGGCAGGAGUGGUCGUCGUCCGAAAGCUGAUACACUCACUGGUCACUCAGGCCUUUCAGUAUGGUACAAUGACAUGGGACAUCGUUCUUGCUAAAUGUCUGUCGAUUGUCCUCGUAUCUGCGUUAGGCGCACGCGCUGGCGAUGUGACCGUCGCACCCCGAGACCAACACACACUUCCAUACCUGGUCUACAAAGACGUUAUCAUCAAGAUGAAGGAGGGCUCGACGAUUGAUGACCUGGUUGCCGUUGUUACCCUGCGGAAUGAGAAGGGUGACAAGGCCGAUCCCAAGAAGAACCGAAUCGUAUUGCUCAAGGCAUUGCCGUCACCACGUGAUUCAUUGGUGUGUCCGAUCAAGCUGCUCCUCGCCCUUGCUCUUCGCCUUGGGAAUGUCCCGGAGACAUGCAUCGAGGACCUCAUCAAGAACACCGCACGGCGCAAGAAUCGUACCGUCCUCUGGAGUUUUCCUGAGCGAUCGGUGCAUUGCGCAUUUGGUGCGAACGGUGCCGCAGUGACAAUAGACAAAGCCGCUGGUAAUCAUCAAUUGACACAGACCAUGGCCCAAGCUACACUCGCGGCAGGACUGUUGACUCGACUCCACGCUCACGAUCUCCGGCGCGGAGCUGCUCGAGACACGGCACAUCUGGAGGGCAAAGCAAAGGGUAUAGCGAACAAACAGGCUACUAUGGUGCUCGGCCACAAUGCAAGUUCAGCUAACAGGCCGCUCACUGCACACUACGUUGGUGCCCAUGAUGACGACAUGUGGACAAAACGCGUCGACAGGAACUAUGUCGACUCUGUCUAUGAGACGCCUGAAGCCGAGAACCCCUACCAACGUAAAUUCCAGAUUCUCAAGCCGCAAGACGUUUCUGAGGAAUGCUUGGCCAAGGGACUCGAUAGUGGAGUUCGCAAAGACCGUGCCAAGGCAUCCAAACUGCUUGAGAAGCGUCGGCAAGCUGACUGGGCCGAUCAAGAGAACCGUAAGAGGCAUAUGUCUCAUGCGAAUGAAGAGAACGUCUCGCAGCCUCCACCCGCUGGCAUAGUGCCGGACAGUCAUACACUUGAUGAGAACCGAUCAACGGAGCAAAUCGCCGCUGGCGAUUUUAUCGACCCACAGCUUCUUCAGCAGUCUGGACAGCUGUGCAACGUCAUGAUUGGAGCCAAAGGUGCAGUGACCAACUCACGCGUCGAGGACCUCCUUUUCGACAGCGUCCAAGGUCUCGCGUCGUCUGCUUCUGAGUUUGGGGAGUCUGACACGCUGGGAAUUGUGCGCCAGCUCUCCGCCAUCAACAUCAGUUGCAACCAGAUCCUUUCGGGAUGGGGCAAGACAGUUGCCCUUGCCAAAGAGAGGACACUUUCUCUCAUUGAGGGCAAUAGUCGCGACAAGGUGACGAGCUAUGUAUAUGCUUGCACCAACCAGUUAUACGGCUGCAGCUAUGGGAACGUACUCCGGAUUGAGGUCAGCCGCCACGAACAAGUUUGUCCAAUCACCUCUGCAGCUGCUUAUGAUGAACUUGUUCAAAAGGAGGCAACGAAGACAUUCAAAUGCACCACAGGCGACUGCACCAAGAGUUUCGACACUGUCGGAAAGCUCAACAGUCACGUCAAGGAGAUUCACCAAUAUCCAAGGCCUUGCGCCAAAGGAUGCGACGGUAUGUUCGCGAGCAGACAGGAAUACAACAUGCACAUGGAGUCCCAUUCCAGCUUCACGCCAACCCAGUGCCUCGUUCCAGACUGCAAGAAUACCAACACCUACAAGCGGGCGCAGAUAUAUCGCAAACAUGUUCGAAACGCUCACAACAUACACGGCAAAGAUAUUGACCAGCACAUGCCGUACAAGAAGAAGGCGAACUUUGAGCCAACGCAGUGUGGUGUCGGAGGCUGUCCAAGUCGUGCUACUUUCAAGUUGCCGAAUCAGUACAAGGCUCAUCUGCGCGAGAAGCAUCUGAUGGCGGAGGAUGAGAUAGAGCGGUGCUUCAGCUAA